UUCCUCGCUUUUUUCUGGAUAGCGAGCGAGAGGCGACCGGAAAUUCACUUGCCAGAGAGCCGGAUCAGAUCUGUUGCGGUACAGCUAGGUCGCCAUGGGCGUUCAGCAAUCUCUGGUGGGACAGGCUGCAGCCCAAGGCGCCUUCAGCCAGAAGGAGUUGUACAAUCUCAAGCAGGUAUACUUCUAUUUGUGUUUGCACACGACGACGCUGACCUCCUGUCCACUUGAUAGGAAUCAGUUUCACUCCCUCUUUGCGAAUCACAGGCAGUACAAGCCCAUGUGGCGGGCCCUGUUUUCCGCCAUCGACAUGAACGGGGACAACGUGAUAGACUUCGAGGAGUUCCUGACCUUCGUCACGCAGCUGAAGCGCGGCGGGACGGAGGCCAAGAGGCGGCUCUGCUUUCGCCUCUUCGACUCCAACCAGGAUGGCUUCGCAGAGAAGGCGGACUUCCGCGGCAUCCUAGAGACGAAGAUCGCAGUGCUGAGGCGCCCUUCCUGGCAGACCUCAGUCUCCGGCCCAGAGGCCCCCGAUGAGUACAUGCAAUUCUUCAGCCUCUGUGAUGAGGAUGGCGAUGGGCGGAUCAACUUCGAGGACUUCGAGACAUACUGCGCAGUGCAUGGUGAAGGGAUAGUAAAUCAAACCCUGAAGAUCCUGGAAGUGAUGUUCGACGGGGUCAUUGAGGAGACAGGCAUCAUCAUCACUGCCACGGAUGUCCGCAACACCAAGCCCCACAUCGACUGGCAGGACCACCGGAUGAGCAUGGGCUCUUUCUUCUGCUGCAGCAGCUCAUCCCCGGUGUUCACGACGCCGCCGGUCGCGUGAGGCGGCCAGGUGCGAACGUUUCUCUGGGUCACACCUCUUGUCUCAAACUGGCAAACCUCAC